UCUCUCUCUCAUAGUCCCAUACACAGAGUACACGUAUAAGCUACCUGCCAAUACCACGUCUUGGUACCUCAGGAAAUUUCCCAUUUCCAAUUAUAAGACUAGCUAUCUCUAUCUCUCUCUGCUGUUUUUGCUUGUGUUUGAUGAGAAGAUCAUAACCAGAGAAAUAUCGAUCAGUACUAGAAGAAGAAGCUACACACACACAAACGUAUAUAACUAUAUAAUUAUAUAGAGAAAGAGGUGUUCAACAUCAUCUCUCGACGAAUGAAGAGCUCACCAAGAAAUUAUGAUUACUCGUUCAAGAUUUUACUGGCUGGUGAUUCUGGUGUUGGAAAGAGCAGUCUUCUUUUGAGCUUCGUUUCCGACUUUGUUGAAGACCUUUCUCCUACAAUUGGUGUCGAUUUCAAGAUUAAACAGCUUUCUGUUGAUGGGAAGAGAUUGAAGCUGACAAUUUGGGACACGGCUGGACAGGAGAGGUUCGGAACAGUAAUAAGCUCUUACUACAGAGGUGCACAUGGAAUCAUUCUUGUGUAUGACGUAACACGGAGAGAAACCUUUACAAAUUUAUCAAAUCUAUGGGCAAAGGAAGUGGACCGGUACUCCACCAAUCAAGACUGCAUUAAAAUUUUAGUCGGGAACAAAGUUGACAGGGAUAAAGAGAGGGUUGUAACCAGAGAAGAGGGGAUGGCUCUUGCACAGGAGCAUAAAUGUUUGUUUCUUGAAUGUAGUGCUAAAACUAAAGAAAAUGUUCAGCAAUGCUUUAAAGAUCUCACAUUGAAGAUGCUGGAGGUACCAAGCCUACUGCAGAGUGGGUCUGUGGAUGUGAAGAGACAAAUUUUGAAGCAGAAACAACUAGACCAAGACCAUAUGCCUUGUAGCGCGACUUGUUGCAAUCAAUAGAAAACAUUAGAUCAUGCCGGUACAAGGUCAAGAAGUGGGGGUAAUGAAACUUAAGUGGACUAUGGCUUUCCAAAAGCCGUUCUCAAAUUGUUGUCAUCACUUCCAUGACAAAUAUUUUUGGGUUUAAGAUAGUUUCUAGCUAGUUUAUUGUACUCUGCAGGUGGAAGUACGAGAGUUUAAAGCGUUUCAAAGAUAGAGCUUGUUAGAGAAUAAUGCUUCCGUAUCCACAAAUGUCUGUAAAUUAUAUAAGAUGUACAGAGACUGCAACAUUUCAGAAUAUAGUUUUGUCUGCAUGGGAAGUCGUAUCUUUUUAGUGUAAGCACUUAUAGAAUCUAGUUAUUCAUUCUUUUCCAGAAUUUCUUAUGUGUUCAAUCUGUUGCUUAUGAGUAAACAUGGCCUCUCGCUGAUGAGAA